AUGGCGUACGUCUCGUACGACCUCGCCGACAUGGCGUUCGCGCGGUACGGGCCGUUCUGGCGCCAGAUGCGCAAGCUCUGCGUCGUCAAGCUCUUCAGCCGCGGGCGCGACCAGUCGUGGCGCACCGUGCGCGCCGAGGUGGACGGCCUCGUCAGGUCGCUGGCGGAGCAGGAGGAGGGAGCCGUCGCCAGCGUCGGCGAGCUCGCCUUCAAGUUCGCCACCAACACGACGCUCCGGGCCGCGUUCGGGGCCCGGAGCCAGGACGACGAGGCGGAGUUCGUCGCCAUCAUUCGGGAGCUCUCCCAGACAUUCCUGGCCUUCAACGUCGCCGACUUCGUCCCGUUCGUAGGCUUCCUCGACCUCAACGGCAUCAACAGGAGGACGAGAGGAGCGAGGCAUGCCCUGGACGUGUUCAUCGACCGCAUCAUUGACGAGCACGUCGCCAGGUGGGAGAACGGCGACGUGUCCGCCGCAGACAUGGUGGACGACAUGAUCGCCUACCUCGCCGAGACACCGGGGAGAGACACGAGGGAGGACGGCGUCGAGCUCAAGGAUCUCCGGCUCACCAGAGAAAACAUCAAAGGAUUAAUCAUGGACAUCAUGUUCGGCGGUACAGAGAACGUCGGGGCGACGCUCGAGUGGGGCAUGGUGGAGCUGCUCCGGAGCCCCGGCGAGCUGGAGCGCGCGCAGGACGAGCUCGCCCGUGUCGUGGGUCUCCACCGGAAGGUGGACGAGAGCGACGUCGACAAGCUGCCCUACCUCCGGUGCAUCUGCAAGGAGGUGCUCCGCCUGCACCCGCCGCUGCCGCUGCUCCUCCGCGAGUGCCUCCAGGACUGCGCCGUGGGCGGGCACGUCGUCCCGCGCAACUCCCGCGUCUGGAUCAACAUCUGGGCCAUGGGCCGCGACGAGAGGCACUGGGAGGACGCCGACGAGUUCCGCCCCUCGAGGUUCGCCGGCGACGACGACUUCUCCGCUGGUCGCUGCCGGAUGGGGUGGCGCCGAGUGACCUGGACGUCAGUGACGUUUUUGGUCUGA